UGUGGACUGACCAUUACAAAGGCUAAUUCUUAGCUAGCCUAAAAUCAUAGGCUACUUCUAGAAGGCUACUGUGUUACAGAAAUCUGGCCUGACGUUUCGCGAUUUCUUUGUAUCAGCAGCGUGUUAGUUUCACAUUUUGUAUCACAUUAAUUUCCUCUUCGGCGAUUUACUUGUUGCCACCAGUUUGCUUCAUUUUUGUCACGUGUCUGAGUAAGUUUAUUUCCCAGUUACCCUUGCGUGCGGCAAAACAAAGAUGGCGGGAGCCAGCUCGGAUGCUAAAGCUGCUGUCACCUGCUGUCAUCUAUGAAGUGAUGAGCUGAGAAGGGAGAUUGGCACCUAGACGACGUAUUUUAUCUACAACCACUGUACUGCAACAGGAUUGCAUCGUAUCCAAAAAAGUAAAUCAAAAUGCCUUCUCCAAAAGCAAAAAAUAAUAGUGGACGCAGUGGUAAUUCUCCCGGUGGCAACGGGCGUUAUGAGUUUAUGUCCCUUAACCGACGUCCACAACAUUUGUUGCAGCGACAAGGAUCCGACCCGACAUCGGCUAGACUACGUGCAUCUGAGAGCCCGAAUCGUCGUCGAGGUUCGGGUUCGUCCAAUUCGUCUACCGGCGGACAGCUCCCGGAAGAAGACUGUAUGCGACUGAACCCAUCUAUCGUCGGCAUCGCAUUGAGUUCAUUGUUAGCCAUGGACUUGUGGCUGUCGAAGCGUCUGGGAGUGUGUGCUUGUGAGGAUUCCUCCUGGGGAAGUAUACGGCCGCUGAUGAAACUGAUCGAGAUUUCUGGACACGGGAUACCGUGGCUUGCUGGUGCUGCUUACUGCCUCUACAAAAGCGAUAGCGCAGCCGGUCAAGAAGUCAUGCUCAACCUACUCAUGGCGUUUUCGUCUGUCACCCGGCCAUUUUACCAAAACCUGAACUCCCGAACCGAACGACAUCAAGCUCUGGUGUUGGACCUGAUCCUGGUGGGCAUAGUGAAAGCAGUGGUGCGCCGCCGACGCCCAGCCCACAACCGGAUGGACAUGUUUGCCACCUUCUCUGUGGACCGCUACUCCUUCCCGUCGGGCCAUGCUACGCGGGCCGCCAUGUGCGCCCGCUUCGUGCUGGCCCACCUGGUCCUGGCGGCGCCGCUGCGCGUGCUCACCCUGCUCUGGGCCGUGCUGGUGGGCUUCUCCCGGGUUCUUCUGGGGCGCCACAACGUCACCGACGUGGCCUUUGGCUUCGGCAUGGGCUACUUCCAGUACAACCUGGUGGAGGCGCUGUGGAUGUCUCCUGCUGCACUGCCCGGCCUGAUGGGACAGUUCGCGUAGAGUGAUGGGAUAGUUCUCGUAAGAGGAGUGGAGGACCACAAAGGGGAUGCAUGGUGGUGGAGGUGUGUGUUGGGGUGGGGGGUGCUACAGACUGUAGAGUUUUGGUUACGCAUGGAGAGAGAUUUUAGAACUUUACCUUCUAUUCCUGCCACGAUUAUCUUCCAAGGCUGUCCAUGUGUCCCCAUGCCUCAUUGCCUGCAAAGAAAAGAGAUCAUUCAGUCAUCACCAUCAUCAAACCACCAAGUAUAGUCUUUGAUUACAAAACACUUUACAGCCCCAUAACACACCUGGCUGAGUCUCAGAAUAGACUAUCUCUGAGUGUACUUGAACAAGAGUGGGGAGAGGAAUUUUACAGGAUAGUUCCAGCUACCCGCAGGGAGUGUUCUGCCCCCAGUACUGGUGCAUAGGGGAUUGUGUGUGUGUGUGGGAGGAAGUCUGUUUUUGGUGUUUCAGGCUUGAAGUGGAGCCUGGGGUACCACAGGGUAUAUCAUUGCACUGCUAGCUUUCAGUGUGAAGUGUAAAUCUUUACCUCAUUGUGUUCAUGCUCUAGAGCAGAACUUGAUGGAGGUGUUUGUUUUAUCGUACAUUCUUGAAUAGAGUAAAUUUAUUUAUUUUUCUUCUCACUGAUGUAUGUCGACGUUCUGUCUCGUCAUGCUGAAUCCAUCAUGCAAAAUUGCAAAUAGGUACAGUAUAUGUGUUGUUUAUGUUUGUUAUGUUGUUUUUAUGCUGAUUUUUUUCCUGAAAGAAAUGAAUAGGUAUUAUGAUGGAAUAUGGGGAUUGUGUUUGUUUUUUCAAAUGUCUGCUUUUGUCCCAUAACUGUUAGGAGGCCUUUAUCUAGGAAAUUGUGUGGGAGGAGCAGGCUUCAUUCAGUUUUUUUUCCGUCUUUUAGAGUGCUGGGCCAAAGUUAUAACUAGCCAUGUUUACAUGGACGCCUCUUUUCCAACUAGAAAUGCAAUAACGGCUCAAUUGGAAAAUAAAUUGUCAUAUAAACACCUCAAAAUUCCUGAUCCGAUCAUAAUUUUAAUCGGAAUGAAAAAGGUGGUGUAGUCCGCUCCUAUUCCGAAUAAACACCCAUGUAAACGGUCAUUCGGAUUGACUGCUGUAUCUUCUCAAAGACAAGUAGGCAACAACGGCUAUUCCAAUCAAAGAUUCUAAAACACUUGAGAGCACCAAUCGGAAUAGAACGAGACGGCACGAAUCUUUCGGAAUCGGAAUAGUUUCGGAAUGACAAAAAAACAGUCCAUGUAAACGUGGCUAUUGAUAAGAAAGACGAAAAAAAGGCUGCACUUUGCAUACAAAACUGUUUAUUGCAAAGACUCGUUUCAAUGUAGUGCCUUUUUCAGUGUGCUCAAGUGAAUGAAUGCUAGGUUACACCCUUACAUACACCCCCAUAAUCAACCAAUGACGAUACAGUAACAUUCAAUACAAUAAUUAAAUUAAAGCAGUCCAUCACUUAUUAGUUCAACACGUUAUAGACAGAAUUAUAUCAUACACAGGCUCAUUUAAACAGCUUUUUCCUCCUUUACAAGAAACAAGACAAAGACAGGCCCUCAUUCAUGCCAUUAUGUGUGCAUAUAGACAGACUGAUGGUUUCCAGACCCACAAACCUAAGUGAAUUGGCAUCAUGGCCUGCAGUAUUGAAAUGCCUUGCAACUGACAACCUUUCAUCAUUCUUUCAAAUGGUAUACUUAUGUUCACAAACUCUGGUUUUCAAUUGACGCUUUGUUUUGCCCACAUAAAGUAGCCCACAAGGACACGUCAAUAAAUACACAAAGUAAUUCUCCCUUUUACUUUAAACAUCCUGUGUGUUUGGAUGUGUAAGCAUUUUCUCUGUGAGCAUGCAAUUGCAUACUUCACAAUUAAAUCACUAAGUUACCGUGUGGUAUUCUGAUAGAAAGAAGUGAGACCGUGAGAACUGCCUGCUAAAGAGAAACAUUUUUAAUUUGAAUUCAUUCAUUCACUUGCACACUGAAGAAGGCACUAUGCUGUAACACGUCAGUGCAAUAAACACUUGUAUGCAAAGUGCAGCCUUUAUUCCUCUCUCUUACCAGCCUUCAUUUACAGUAGGACCAUCCAUAUAGUAUCAGUAGGCAUGGCAGUGUUUACAAGAGUCCUGGUUCUAUAACACAGCUGUGAAGUCUUUAAUGGUUAAAGUGAUGGGUGGUGUGCAGUAAAACUUUCUCUCAGGGCAUGAUUUCCAAAUUUUGGAAGCCAACUUACGCAAGUGGUGAUGUCCAAGAUAGUGCGCCUGAGGGUACUGAGGGUCAACUGUGUCUCUUUGUAAUCAUUUAAUGACCAGUGGUAUAUCUUAUACUGAGGAGAUCUUUCCAGAGAUCUUUUCAGAUACAGCUAACAGGUUAAUGUUCGACUGCAGUAGUGAGUUUGAUGAUUUAAUAUUUUGCUAGACUGACGCCAGGGUGUGACGCCAACAUCUCUUGCAACGGAAACGGUCACUAGGCCACGUUAACUGAGGUGACUGACUAGAUGAACAGUCUCUGUCCACACUGUCCCAGUGCCUGGCUGUCCUCAUGGUAGAUCACGGCAUCCAGCUUUUUAGGAUCUAAUCAUUUGAUUUCAUGGGCUUCAUUUAAAGGUGCUCUAAGUGAUGUUGGGUAACGUCACCGCUGUUGACGUUAAAACAAAACGAAACAGAGAGCUAUCUUGCUACUCCCUCCCCCUCCCUCCCGUGCAAUUGAAACUUUCCUAAACUAGCAUCUCAUCUGUGAUUUGCUGGAACAGUUUGUUAUGUUUUUAUG